UUCCAAAUUUGUAGUUCGCCACCCCUGUCCGACCGGCACGAAACGUCAAAACGUUGUUUACAACCGAGCACGUUCUGGCUGUGGGUUGCAUUUCGUUGCAAAAAAAUCCAUAAAAUUUGGUGAAAAAACAAAUAUUUCCCACUCCUAGCUUGUGCUGAACUGCAAACAAACCGUUCCCACCGCCAGCACAAUGCAUGGCGAGGAGAAACACUGGAAGGAAGAGGGCAAAAACUACAAAAAAGUGCAACGUGCCCUAGAGGAAAAAUGGAAACUGGUGCCGGCGUUUCUGCAGGUGAAGGGGCUGGUUAAGCAGCACAUCGACUCGUUCAACUACUUCAUCAACGUGGACAUCAAGAAGAUUGUGCAGGCAAACCAGGAGGUCAAGAGUGAUGCCGAUCCGUGCUUCUACCUCAAGUAUCUGAACGUACACGUCGGCAAGCCGGACGUGGAGGAGGGUUUCAACAACACGAAAUCGACCACACCGCACGAAUGCCGGCUGCGGGACAUGACCUACUCGGCACCGAUCACCGUCGACAUUGAGUACACCCGCGGCACGCAGCGUGUCGUGCGGAACGGGUUGCUCAUCGGCCGUAUGCCCAUAAUGCUGCGUUCGUCCAACUGUGUGCUGACGGGCAAAUCGGACUACCAGCUGUCGAAGGUGAACGAGUGUCCGAUGGAUCCGGGCGGGUACUUUAUCAUCCGCGGCACGGAGAAGGUAAUUCUCAUCCAGGAGCAGCUGAGCUGGAACAAAAUGAUCACGGAGGACUACAACGGCGUGAUCCAGUGUCAGGUGACGAGCUCGACGCACGAGAAGAAAUCGCGCACAAUCCUGCUGACGAAGCACGGCCGGUACUAUCUGAAGCACAACUCCAUGACGGAGGAAAUCCCGGUCGCGAUCAUACUGAAGGCGAUGGGCAUUGCGUCGGAUCAGGAAAUUAUGCAGCUCGUCGGUAUCGAUCCGGAGACGCAGAAACGCUUCGCACCGUCGCUGCUGGAAGCGGCCAACCAUAAGGUGUUUACGCAGCAGCGUGCGCUGGAGUAUAUGGGGUCGAAGUUGAUUGCGAAACGGUUCACAACGGCCGCAACGAAGUAUAAAACGACUGCCGAUGAGGCACGCGAUCUACUUGCCACCACGAUCCUGGCGCACGUGCCCGUACCGAGCUUUAACUUUCAGGUGAAGGCAAUCUACGUGGCGCUGAUGAUACGUCGCGUGAUGGCGGCCGAGCUGGAUCGCAGUGCGGUGGACGAUCGGGACUACUACGGCAACAAGCGGCUGGAGUUGGCCGGCUCGCUGCUUUCGCUGAUGUUUGAGGAUCUGUUCAAGCGGUUCAACUGGGAGCUGAAGAUGAUCGCGGACAAGAACAUUCCGAAGAUAAAGGCAGCCCAGUUCGAUGUGGGAAAGCACAUGAGGGAGGCGCUGAUUACAGCCGGCCUGGAAACGGCCAUCUCGACGGGCAACUGGACGAUCAAGCGGUUCAAGAUGGAGCGGGCGGGCGUUACGCAGGUGCUGUCGCGGCUCAGCUACAUCUCCGCCCUCGGCAUGAUGACGCGCGUCAACUCCCAGUUCGAGAAGACGCGCAAAGUGUCGGGGCCACGCUCGCUGCAGCCGAGCCAGUGGGGCAUGCUGUGCCCUUCCGAUACGCCCGAGGGUGAGGCUUGCGGGUUGGUGAAAAAUCUCGCCCUCAUGACGCACAUCACGACGGAGGUGGACGAGGAACCGGUCAUACGGUUGGCGUACAAUGCGGGCGUGGAAGACAUUCGCCUGCUGGGCGGUGAAACGAUCAACAAUCCGAAGGUGUUUAUGGUGUUCAUCAACGGUAACAUAUUGGGCGUGACGAUCGCUUACCGGCGGCUGGUGGAGGUGUUCCGUAUGAUGCGCCGUCGUGGACUGAUCGGUGCGUUCGUGUCGAUUCACACCUCGUUCACGCAGCGCUGCGUUUACAUUCACACCGACGGGGGAAGACUGUGCCGGCCGUACAUUAUCGUGCAGGCGGGCCGUCCGCUCGUGCUGCAGGAGCAUCUCGAGCAGAUGAAGCUUGGAUUGCGCAAGUUCGAUGACUUCCUGCACGAUGGGCUGAUCGAGUAUUUGGACGUGAAUGAGGAGAAUGAUUCGUUUAUCGCGUACCAGGAGCGUGACAUUGAUCCGGAAAAGACAACCCACUUGGAGAUUGAACCGUUCACGCUGCUGGGGGUUUGUGCCGGGUUGGUACCGUACCCGCACCACAACCAGAGCCCCCGUAACACGUACCAGUGUGCGAUGGGAAAGCAGGCGAUGGGCAUCAUCGGCUACAAUCAGAAGAACCGCAUCGACACGCUGAUGUACAAUAUCGUGUAUCCGCAGAGUCCGAUGGUACGAUCGCGCACGAUCGAGCUGACGAACUUUGAUAAGCUGCCGGCGGGGCAAAACGCAACCGUGGCCGUGAUGAGCUACUCCGGGUACGACAUUGAGGAUGCGCUGAUACUGAACAAAGCGUCGAUCGACCGUGGGUACGGCCGGUGUCUCGUGUACAAGAACAGCAAGUGCACGAUCAAGCGGUACAGCAACCAAACGUUCGAUCGCAUCAUGGGCCCGAUGAAGGAUGGAGUGACUGGGAAGAUAAUCGCCAAGCAUGAGUGUCUCGAUACGGACGGUAUCGUGUCGCCGGGCGAGCGGCUCACCUGCAAGCAAACGAUGGUGAACAAGGAAAUGCCGGCAGUGAAAUCGAACAACCCGAUCGAGCAGAAAGAGUCCGGCCAACAGCCGAUCGCGUACAGUGCGGUACCGGUGACGUACAAGGGCACCGAGCCGAGCUACGCCGAGCGGGUCCUCGUGUCGACCAACAAUGAGGAAGAGUUCUUGGUCAAGAUUCUGUUGCGUCAAACGCGCCGUCCGGAAAUUGGCGACAAGUUUAGCUCCCGUCACGGGCAGAAAGGUGUGACGGGGCUGAUUGUGGAGCAGGAAGAUCUGCCCUUCAACGAUUACGGCAUGUCGCCGGACAUGGUGAUGAACCCGCACGGUUUCCCCUCCCGUAUGACGGUCGGCAAAACGCUGGAGCUGCUGGGCAGUAAGGCGGGCGUGCUGGAGGGCAAAUUUCACUACGGGACCGCGUUCGGCGGAUCAAAGUGUUCGGAUCUGCAGGACGAGCUGUUCAACCAUGGGUUUAACUAUCUCGGCAAGGAUGUGUUUUACUCGGGCAUUACGGGCGAACCGCUCGAGGUGUACAUCUACUCUGGGCCAGUGUACUACCAGAAGCUGAAGCACAUGGUGCAGGACAAGAUGCAUGCACGUGCCCGUGGGCCGAGGGCGGUACUGACGCGCCAACCGACGCAGGGUCGUAGCCGGGAGGGUGGCCUUCGGUUGGGUGAGAUGGAGCGCGAUUGUUUGAUUUCGUACGGUGCUAGUAUGCUGAUUAUGGAGCGGCUGAUGAUUUCGUCCGACGCGUUCGAUGUGGACGUGUGCAAUGUGUGCGGCCGGUUGGCUUACUCGUCCUGGUGUCACAACUGUCGAUCGUCGGCAAGCGUGUCGACGAUUUCGAUGCCGUACGCGUGCAAGCUGCUGUUCCAGGAGCUGACCAGCAUGAACAUUGUGCCGCGGCUGAAGUUGCAGAACUAUUAGAAUGGUGGGAAUUGUCGCUUUGCGGAUGAAGAUUAAUGUUAUGAGUUUGAAUAAAGAAUGCACCUUGAUUAUUACUUAAUAA